UAUCCCACUUUUGUUAUAUUAUGUCAAUGGUUUGUACGUUUACGACGUUUACUUUGUUGUUGUAUUCAGUAAUCGUGUCUUUUUCUUAAAACAACUUUUCCGGAAUUGCUUGUGGCGAUCACUUUAAUCGGUGCUUCAGGUGGAUUCAGGUUCCAUGUUCCAGUAGUGCCCAAAGAAUUCGAAAAAAAUGGCAGAAGAGGAUAAAAUGGUGCCCCUAACGGACAACAGUUUAGUGGUGGAUAUUUCAGAUGCUCUCAGUGAGAAGGACAAAGUAAAGUUCACUGUUCACACUCGCACUACCAUGAAUAACUUCCAAAAGCUGGAGUUUUUGGUGGUUCGGCAGCACGAAGAGUUUAUUUGGCUGCACGACCGCUUUGAGGAAGAACCGAAGUACGCUGGAUACAUUAUUCCGCCGCCACCACCUCGGCCUAAUUUCGACGCUUCCAGAGAGAAAUUGCAGCGUUUGGGAGAAGGAGAAGGAACCAUGACCAAAGAGGAGUUCACGAAAAUGAAGCAGGAGCUUGAAGCGGAAUAUUUGGCCACUUUCAAGAAAACCGUGGCUAUGCACGAAGUGUUCCUCACGCGCCUCGCCUGCCACUCGGUGUUUCGGGAGGACUCGCACUUGCACGUUUUCCUGGAGUACGACCAGGAUCUGUGCGCUCGCCCCAAAGGGAAGUUGCAACAGUUGGGCGGUCUGGUCAAAUCUCUGGGCAGCACCACCGAUCAGUACUAUUUGAAUGCUACUGUGCGGGAUGUGAACGACUUUUUCGAACAGCAAAUGGUCAGUUUGACCGAAUACCACACUCAGCUGCGAGACGCCACCGGACGGACGGAUCGCAUGACUGAAAAACACAAAGAAUUAGCAGACAGUUACAUAAAGAUCUCAUCGGGUCUGCUGCAGUUGGCCAACAGCGAUAAUGGGCAUUUGGAUAAGUUUUUCGCGCGGGUUUCGGACAUUUUCGAAAAAACCAGGAAGGUGGAAAGCCGGGUGGCCAGUGACCAGGACCUGAAGCUGGCAGACACUUUACGCUAUUAUAUGCGCGAUAGCCAGGCGGCAAAAUCUCUGCUGGUUCGGAGACUGAAAUGCCUGGCGAACUACGAAAACGCUAACAGAGCCUUGGAGAAGGCGCGGCAUAAAAACAAGGACAUUCAUGCACCGCCUGAGGUCCAUGAGGCCGAAGAAGCCCAGUCAGUCGCCUGCGAACAGUUCGAAGCCAUUUCUGCCCAAGCCAAAGAAGAGUUGUUAGAUUUUAAAACCCGAAGGUUGCAUGCGUUCAGGAAAAGUUUGAUUGAGUUGGCUGAGCUGGAAGUAAAACACGCCCGCACUCAACAGGAUCUGAUCAGAAAGUCCAUUCAGAAUCUGAAAGAACUACUCUAAUAAGAAAUGUGAUAUUCGUUUUCUUUAUUUACUUGUUUAAAUUAACCUUUAUUAUUGUGAGGCAUUUAUAGAGCGAUGGUGGGCCUGCAUUGUAACUGUAGCUCGACUAUUUGUUAUUGAGCUAUUUAUGGGAGCGGCAUCAACCGCAAAGCAUGUAUGUUAGGGUUUCAAGUAUGCAAGCCACAAAGCUACGUGAAAUUUAUAUAAAAAUAAAAUGAUUUUUCGAUAUGUU